AGUUUGUAUAUUAAUAUUUAUUAUUAUCUAAAUUUUUUUAUUAAUAUAUAUAUUGCAGAUCGGUUCUGAUUGCAGGUGCAAGCCAACAUGGAGAAUUCGGAAAACGAUAACCACCAGUCGCCGUCGUCCUCCGCCGUCGUCAUCGAGCACUCCAGUUCGGAGCUCGAAAAGGUGCUUUGCGACGUGGAUUUGCCAUGCUUGAAGCGGUUCACGAAAGCUAUGUGGAUCGAGCUAAAUCUCCUUUACAAACUCGCGGCGCCUGCGGUCAUGACGUACUUGAUAAACAACGCUAUGUCCCUCUCCACUCGCAUCUUCUGCGGUCAUCUCGGGAAUCUGGAGUUCGCCGCCGCCACUCUAGGCAACAGCGGCAUCCAAUUGUUCGCCUACGGCCUCCUCUUAGGAAUGGGGAGCGCCGUCGAAACGCUCUGCGGCCAGGCGUACGGCGCUCGUCGGCACGAAAUGCUCGGCGUCUACCUGCAACGCGCCACCGUGGUGCUGCUGCUGUUCACUCUCCCAAUCGUUGUGGUGUACGCGCUCUCGAGGCAGCUCCUCAUCCUCAUCGGCGAAGCUCCAGACGUGGCAACGCUCGCGGCGGUGUUCGUGUACGGCCUGAUUCCGCAGGUGCUCGCGUACGCCGUGAACUUCCCGAUACAGAAGUUUCUGCAGGCGCAGAGCAUCGUGAUCCCCAGCGCGUUGAUCUCACUCGCCACGCUGGGAGUGCACUUGGUGGUAAGCUGGAUUGCAGUUUAUAGAGUAGGCUUGGGUCUGUUAGGCGCAUCGCUCGUGCUCAGCCUAUCGUGGUGGAUUAUCGUUUCCGCACAGUUUCUGUACAUUGUGAAAUCCCAACGGUGUAAGGACACGUGGACGGGGUUCCGAUUGGAGGCUCUGUCCGGCCUUUGGGAAUUUGUGAAAUUAUCCAUCGCUUCGGCGGUGAUGCUCUGCUUAGAGACAUGGUACUUUCAGCUGCUCGUCUUGAUUGUCGGAUUGCUCGAAAAUCCUGAGCUCGCAUUGGAUGCACUUUCCGUCUGUAUGUCGAUUAACGGGUUACUGUUCAUGGUGUCGGUCGGAUUCAACGCUGCUGCUAGUGUGAGAGUGAGCAAUGAGCUUGGCGCCGGACAUCCGAAAUCGGCGGCAUUCUCCGUCGUGGUGGUGAACACUGUCUCCCUCUUGGUGGCGGUCCUUGUGGCCAUGAUCGUAUUAUCUCAGCGCCACGUCAUAAGCUAUAUAUUCACCGGCGGCGAGACGGUGGCCAACGCCGUGGCGGACCUAAGCCCCUUCUUGGCAGUCACUCUCACUCUGAAUGGACUGCAACCAGUUUUAUCAGGCGUCGCUGUGGGGUGCGGAUGGCAAGCUUUCGUGGCAUACGUUAACGUGGGAUGUUACUACCUGGUCGGCAUUCCCAUAGGAUGCCUUCUCGGCUUCAAAUUCAACCUCGGCGUUAAGGGAGUUUGGGCCGGCAUGAUUGGAGGAACCAUAAUGCAAACUUUAAUUUUAUUGUGGACAACUUAUCGAACCGACUGGAAUGCCGAGGUGGAGAAAGCAAAGAAGCGUUUGGAGAAAUGGGAAGAUCUUAAAGCCCCUCUUCUCAAGAACUAAUAAUUUUUAAUCAACAAGUUUCCCACAAGCUAUUUAAGGCAGGCAGGUAAAAUGGCCAAUUUCUUCUUCUAAAGCUUCACUAUUGGAUGUUGUUAUUAGUUAUUUAUUUAUGGCAUUCAUCCAACUUUACUAGAAUUUCUGUUAUUAAUCUAGUCCAUAUUUGCUUCUUA